AUAGGCGUGGAACAGUAUGCGGAUAUAAGGCAGGUAUGGUCGGCCGCCAGGCUUGGUAGUAGGAGGAGCCCGCGGGGUUACAUUGCUGGAGGGAUCCGAGUAAGGAUUUGGUUGCGGGCGAACUGAGUUUUGUUUCGCAAAGACCUCUUGGUGUAAAGGCAUUUUACUCGGCAGUCAUCAAUUUAGCAAACUUUCAACGGCAAACACAACUAGUACCAAAAGGAAAAAGCGGAGCGCUUGCAAGCCAUGUUGGACUUCAGCAGCGCCGCAGCGGCCAACGCCACGAUCUUCUCUGCUCUCCACGCCCCGCUCAACCCGCCCAUUAUCGGCCCGCUCUGGACCCAUCUCACAUCAACCUACUCCGAGCGCACGCUCUUCAUGGCAGGCACAUGGAUCGUUCAGUUCGGCGUCUUCUGGGCCUGGGCGCUCUUCUACCUCUCCAUCGACAUCUUCCAGCCUUCCUUCAUCUACAAGUACAAGAUCCAAGAGGACGUGAAGCCGACGCCCGCGAUGUUGCGCAAAUGUGCGGCUGUCGUGCUUUUUAACCAGACCGUCGUCGCCGGCGGCCUGUUGGUGCUUACGUACCCGCUGAUGAAGCACCAGGGCAUGUCCGCGUCGCCGUUUUUGCCGUCGAUCCUGGAAUUCGCGACGUGCUUUGUGGUCUCGUUGCUGGUGGAGGAGGUCGGGUUUUACUACUCGCACCGCCUGUUCCAUACCAAGUUCUUUUACAAACGGUUCCACAAGUUGCAUCACCAGUUCACCGCGCCCGUCGGGAUGGCGGCAGAGUACGCACACCCGCUAGAGCAUAUCUUCGCCAAUAUCACGCCGAUUGUCACCGGCCCACUGCUAAUGGGCGCGCACCUCUCGUUCCUGUGGUUCUGGAUGGCGUUCACGCUGUCCACGACCGUCAACACGCAUUCGGGGUACGACACGCCCAUUCAUAAUGGGAUGUCGCGGAACCAUGAUAUGCACCAUGAAAAGUUCAACGUGAAUUUUGGCGUGCUGGGGUUCUUGGACUGGCUGCAUGGCACCGACGUCGCUUACAAGAGGCGAUAUGGAAAGCUGCCGCCGGCGGACAAGACCACUAAAGUUCAGUAGUUUCUGUAUAGUUUUUUCCCCGCGAUGGCGAUGAUAUCCUUGAAAAGAAGUCCUUCACUGGUUUUCUUUUCUGCUAGCAGCCGUACUCCCCGAUUUUGUGCCGUAUUCCCCGAUAAUCAGUAGACACACAUCCUUUUCCGUGUUCUUCCCUUUAAUAGGAUCAAUUUAAUUUGCCCAUGUAAUCUACUGCAUAACCUUCGGGUGGGAACCCA